CUGGAGCUGGAGGUGGAGAAUGGCUGCGCAGGGAGAAGUAGCCAAGUUUUCACAUACACAGAACGGCACUCCUUCCAGCUCUGUCAGCACUGGCGUAGAUCCGUACCAUGCGUGCAGCAUUCUCCAGCAACUUAAGUCCAUGUACGACGAAGGGAAGCUGACCGAUAUUAUUGUAGAAGUGGAUCACGGUAAAAAAUUCUCCUGCCAUAAAAAUGUUCUUGCAGCAAUCAGUCCUUAUUUCAGAUCCAUGUUCACUAGCGGCCUUACAGAAAGUACUCAGGAAGUGGUUAAAUUGGUAGGGAUUGAAGCAGAGUCCAUGCAGCUUGUACUGAACUAUGCAUACACAUCUAGAGUUCAGCUGACGGAGGCGAAUGUCCAAGCCUUGUUCACUGCAUCUAGCAUCUUCCAGAUUCCCUCCCUACAAGACCAGUGUGCUCAGUACAUGAUAAGUCGUUUGGACCCCCAGAACUGUAUAGGAGUAUUUAUUUUUGCUGAUCACUAUGGCCAUUCAGAACUUAAGGACAGAUCUCAAGAUUACAUUCGGAAAAAGUUCUUGUAUGUCGCCAAAGAGCAAGAGUUUCUGCAUUUAAGGAAAGACCAACUAAUAAGCAUUCUGAACAGUGAUGACUUAGAUGUUGAUAAAGAGGAACAUGUUUAUGACAGCAUAAUUUAUUGGUUUGAAUAUGAACGAGAAACAAGGGAGGAACAUCUUCCGGAAAUAUUUGCCAAAUGCAUUCGCAUGCCUCUUAUGGAAGAGAACUUUGUAGAAAAGAUCCCUCCCAUGUUUGCACAGGCAAUGCCCCAAAACCAUAUAGAUAAGGGUCAGAUCAGUGCCAACCCCUGUACGCAACGACUUGGAAUGACUGCUUCAGAAAUGAUCAUAUGCUUUGAGGCAGCCUGCAAACACUCAGGUAAGAAACAAACUGUGCCUUGUCUAGAUAUAUUAACAGGAAAAGUAUAUAAGCUAUGCAAACCCCCUGCUGACUUGAGAGAAGUUGGCAUCCUUGUGACACCGGACAACGAGCUGUUUAUCGCAGGGGGGUACAAGCCAAGCAACAAUGACGUCUGCAUAGACCACAAGGCAGAGAGUGAUUUUUGGCUAUAUGACCAUUCUAAUAAUAGGUGGCUUCCAAAAGCCCCAUUGCUCCGAGCUCGGAUUGGCUGUAAACUGGUUCAUUGCUGUGGUAAACAGUACGCAAUAGGUGGCCGUGUUUAUGAAGGCGAUGGCCGGAACCCAUUGAAAUCUGUUGAGUGUUACGAUGGCCGAGAAAAUUGUUGGACAGUUGUAGGGUUAAUGCCCGUUGCAAUGGAGUUUCAUAGUGCUGUGGAAUAUAAAGAAAAAAUCUACAUUCUACAGGGAGACGUUUUUCUUUGCUACGAUCCUCAAAAAGACUGCUGGUGUUACCUAACUCCAAUGACAGUUCCUCGUGUCCAAGGCAUGGCUGCCGUGCACAAUGACUCCAUCUACUACGUAGGUGGGAUAUGCGGAAAUCAGAGGGUGCUUACCGUAGAAGCCUAUGAUGUUGAACAAAAUCGUUGGACUAGAAAGAAAGAUCUUCCAUGUGAACAGUCUUCUAACCCAUACAUAAAACUCUUGGUCUUAAAAAACAAACUACAUUUAUUUGUUCGAGCUACCCAAGUCAGUGUUGAAGAGUUGGUUUUCCGAACCAGUAGGAAGAACUCUCUCUAUCAAUAUGAUGAGGUUACUGACAGUUGGAAGAAAGUUUAUGAAACUCCAGAAAGGCUUUGGGAUCUUGGUCGUCAUUUUGAAUGUGCUGUUGCUAAACUGUAUCCCCAAUGCCUUCAGAAAGUUUUGUAGCGUGGAGCAGCCUUAUGAAGCUUAUAUGAAAAAAAGGGGGAAAAUUCACUCCAACUUUACAUUUUUGUCAGUAUUUCAUAUUGUUUUUUUUGUUUGUUUGGGUGGUUGGGUGCUUUUAAAGGUUGCAGUAUGAGGGUUGGUGAAGGGAUAUGGUUACUUUAAUGUCCUCAUCACUGGACUUCAGUGAAAUCUAAGUUUACAAAGUGCAAUUAUCAGCAUUUUUCAUAGUAUAUUUGUAAUCAUGUCAUUCUUUAUAUUGGAUGUUUUUGUGUAUUUUUUUUUUUUUUUUUAAAGGUAGCAAAUCUUUAAAUUAUUGUUCUGGAGGAUCUGAGAUGUCUAUGCACUAGAGUGGACAAAUCUAGCAUUAACAGAUUUGUGUUUUAUUUGUAAAGGUGCAGUGCUAUUAGCCCUAUCUGUUCUGUUCUUGCCUUUGUUCAUUUUGUACGGAACUUACUGUAUUUUGUGGAUUUUCAUCUGGGCUCAUUGGCUGAAAGAAAGUAAUAAAUUAGGUGCAAUAUUUUGUUAGAUUUGAUAUCCAA